GAGAGCAUGUUUGUCACACCCCAGCUUAUUGUGACACGUGCGAUGGCUACAACUGGUGCUCAAUGAGCCCAUGCCCAUUGUACUGCAGCAUGAACGAGACCUUGUGCCAUGACUCGACUACCAUGACAGACAGCUGCCAUCCGAAGAGUGCUGGUUGCCCAGUCACUUGCCUUGCUGGUGAGCAUGUGUGUCACACGCCACCUUACUGUGACACGUGCGAUGGCUACAAUUGGUGCUCGCCGUCCACUUGCCCCCUUACUUGUGGAAUCGACGAGAUCGUUUGCCAUGAUUGGAACACCAUGACAGAGAGCUGCCACCCCACCAGUACAGGCUGCCCGGUCACAUGUGCUGCUGGGGAGCAUGUGUGCCACAGUCCGCCUACAUGUGAAAGUUGUCAUGGCUACAGCUGGUGCUCAAUGAGCCCAUGCCCAAUAACCUGUGGCAUGGACGAGAUCUUGUGCCAUGAUUCGAACACCAUGACGGAAAGUUGCCACCCUGUGAGCACAGGCUGCCCGGUCACAUGUCUUGCUGGCGAGCAUGUGUGUCACUCCCCACCUACGUGUGAAGGUUGCCAUGGCUACAGCUGGUGCUCGCCGUCCACUUGCCCCGUUACUUGUGGAGUGGACGAGAUCGUUUGCCAUGAUUCGAACACCAUGACGGACAGUUGCCACCCCAUUAGCACAGGGUGCCCGGUCACAUGUGCUGCUGGAGAGUACAUGUGCAACGGCCAAGGCUACAAUUGGUGCUCGACUACUCCAUGCCCAAUCACCUGCAGUAUGGACGAGGUCAUGUGCCAUGACUCGACUACUAUGACGGACAGUUGCCACCCCAUGAGCACAGGCUGCCCGGUCACAUGUGCCGCUGGGGAGUACAUGUGCAACGGCCAAGGCUACAAUUGGUGCUCGACUACUCCAUGCCCAAUCACCUGCAGUAUGGACGAGGUCAUGUGCCAUGACUCGACUACUAUGACGGACAGUUGCCACCCCAUGAGCACAGGCUGCCCGGUCACAUGUGCCGCUGGCGAGCACGUGUGCCACUCGCCACCUACCUGUCAAGGGUGCCAUGGCUACAAUUGGUGCUCGCCGUCCACUUGCCCAAUCACCUGUGGUUUGAAUGAAAUGGCUUGCUGGGACUCAGUGACUAUGACUGACAGAAAAGCCGUGUUAAUAGUGAAUGCAAGGCUCUUGACUCUUGACGCGGAAAAGCAGAAUUUUCUUGUGCCUGGGGUUCUUGAUGGGCCCAUGAAGCGGAGGCACUUGGAAUAUGAAACGAGUUCCCAACGCUUUAGGCCCGUAGCGGAAGCAUGCGAUGCUGCAGCAGAAGCACUUGGAACUCAGCAAGGUUGGAUUUGGUUGGACAAGAUGACCCUUGGACUGAGCAGGGUCCCAAGUGCUGACAGGACAUUCGCCACGGCCAUGUUCUUGAUUCUUCUCAGUUUGAUUAGCGUAUCUGUCGCAGACCUUGACGCCAAAGGAGCAUGUGCCUUGCAGACCAAGCACCGCUUGGAGGAAGGCGCCAAGAAGGUGUCGGUCACUUGCAGUGCUGACGAGCUCAUUUGCUAUGACUCGACCGGACACACACACAGCUGCCAUCCAAAGAGUGCAGGUUGCCCGGUCACAUGCCUUGCAGGAGAGCAUGUUUGUCACACCCCAGCUUAUUGUGACACGUGCGAUGGCUACAACUGGUGCUCAAUGAGCCCAUGCCCAUUGUACUGCAGCAUGAACGAGACCUUGUGCCAUGACUCGACUACCAUGACAGACAGCUGCCAUCCGAAGAGUGCUGGUUGCCCAGUCACUUGCCCUGCUGGUGAGCAUGUGUGUCACACGCCACCUUACUGUGACACGUGCGAUGGCUACAAUUGGUGCUCGCCGUCCACUUGCCCCCUUACUUGUGGAAUCGACGAGAUCGUUUGCCAUGAUUGGAACACCAUGACAGAGAGUUGCCAUGGCUACAGCUGGUGCUCGCCGUCCACUUGCCCCGUUACUUGUGGAGUGGACGAGAUCGUUUGCCAUGAUUCGAACACCAUGACGGACAGUUGCCACCCCAUUAGCACAGGGUGCCCGGUCACAUGUGCUGCUGGAGAGUACAUGUGCAACGGCCAAGGCUACAAUUGGUGCUCGACUACUCCAUGCCCAAUCACCUGCAGUAUGGACGAGGUCAUGUGCCAUGACUCGACUACUAUGACGGACAGUUGCCACCCCAUGAGCACAGGGUGCCCGGUCACAUGUGCUGCUGGGGAGUACAUGUGCAACGGCCAAGGCUACAAUUGGUGCUCGACUACUCCAUGCCCAAUCACCUGCAGUAUGGACGAGGUCAUGUGCCAUGACUCGACUACUAUGACGGACAGUUGCCACCCCAUGAGCACAGGGUGCCCGGUCACAUGUGCUGCUGGGGAGCACAUGUGCAACGGCCAAGGCUACAAUUGGUGCUCGACUACUCCAUGCCCAAUCACCUGCAGUAUGGACGAGGUCAUGUGCCAUGACUCGACUACUAUGACGGACAGUUGCCACCCCAUGAGCACAGGCUGCCCGGUCACAUGUGCCGCUGGCGAGCACGUGUGCCACUCGCCACCUACCUGUCAAGGGUGCCAUGGCUACAAUUGGUGCUCGCCGUCCACUUGCCCAAUCACCUGUGGUUUGAAUGAAAUGGCUUGCUGGGACUCAGUGACUAUGACUGACAGCUGCUAUCCCAUGAGCACCGGUUGUCCAGUCACAUGCGCUGCCGGGGAGUAUAUGUGCAGUGUGCCAGCCACUUGCGCGGGCUGCACUGGCUACAGCUACUGCUCAAUGAGCCCAUGCACUUGA